AUGGAUAAUUCUGAUACCAUACAAAUACAACCUGAUCAUUUCUAUGAUGGAAAGGGAGGAGUUCCAGUCUUUAAACCUACUUUUGAACAGUUUAAGGAUUUUGGAGCGUUUGUUGCUUCAGUAAGAAAAUAUGGCACAGAAUAUGGAAUCAUUAAAGUCAUUCCACCCUCAGAAUGGAAAUCAAAACUUCCAAACGAUUUGUCAGAAAAAUUGGCCAAAAUCAAAAUUGCACACCCAAUUCAACAAGUAUUUAUGCGUCAAAGCAAAUGUGGUGCUUAUAUUGUAAAAAAUGUGGAAACCCAUAAAACAUAUAGUGUCGAAGAAUGGGCCAAAUUAUGCGAACAAGAAGAACAUAGACCUCCUGAAACAAGAUAUUUGAAUCCAAGGAUUCCUCUUAAUAAUAAUCAAAAAGUUGUACAAAAACAAAAGCCAUCAUCUAGUUCAGCUAAUAAUAAUAAUUCUUUGAAUUUUGGUUCUUUAAUAGAUUCUCAACAAAAAUUUGAAAAUAUAACUGAUACUACAUCAAAAAGCGAACAAAAGAGAAACGAAACAAUAUCGGAAUCUUCAAACCAUUUAACCACAUCAGAAAACAUACAGCUAUUUACACCCAACGACUCACCAAAUAAUUUAUCUGUUGACUAUAGCAUUAAUAAUAAAUUAUUGAUAAAUAAUUAUAUUUCAACUUUAGAUAGUGAAGAUGAUGAUGGUGAUGAAUCAGAGAUGGAGGUUUUAUGUACUUCUGGGAUCAUUUUCGAGCCAAAAGUAGUUGUUGAACCAAUAGCAAAUAUAGAUAAUCCACCAAAAUUUAAUUACCAUUCCGUUAACGGAAACCUUCCAUACAACGAUGAACAAUAUAUAAAAGAAUUGGAACGUGACUAUUGGCGCAACUUGCCCUAUAGCCCUCCUUACUAUGGUGCAGAUAUGGCAGGUUGGUUUCCGCAUGCAGAAAAGGAAUGUUUGCAGUUUUUACGUCAUAAAGAAUAUAUGGUAUCUCCAACAAUAAUUGGCGAAGUUCCUAUAGCAAUCAAUCGUUUGAUCCAGAGAGAAGGUGAAUUUGUUAUUACAUUUCCACGUGGCUAUCAUUCAGGAUACAAUUUAGGUUUUAAUUGUGCCGAAAGUGUUAAUUUUGCCUUUGAAGAUUGGAUUGAUUAUGGUAUAAAAGCAAAAUCCUGUACUUGUCGCCCUGAUAGUGUCCAAAUUGAUGUUGAGUUACUUUUUGGCCAUCUGAUCAACAAACCGCCAGAACAACAAACUUUGGUGAUGAUUGAAAGACCUAUUUCUUCUAUACUUGAAUCUUCAUCACCUUCAUCAUCAAUGCCUUAUAGAAUGUCAUCUUCAAUCAAUCCAAAAAAAAUGUUAAGAUUGAAAACUUCAAAGGAAAUAUCUUUUUCAAAUCAGCAUAAAAGGCCAAAAAUUCAAGUUCAUACAAUAAAAUCUUCACCAAAUAUAAACUCUUUGAAUUCAUUGUCUUCAUCUACAAACAACAAAUUAUUGUCGCCUUCAUUUGACGCUAUUUCCCAUAGAAUGGUAACAUCUCCAAUAACUUUACAAACUCAGAUAUCUUCAAGAACCCUGAUUGAAAAACACAAAUACAUUUUACAUAAAUUUGACAAGUUUGAAAUACAUCAAAGUAGUAACAAAACAGUAAAAUCAAGAGAGAUUCAGUCAAAGCAUGUAAAUUCAACACGAAUAUCUAAACAACCAAUUGUUGAACAUAAACUAGUUGUUAAAAAUAAAAAGCCACACAGAUAUGAGCCAUAUACCAUUGAAAAAAACAAUAGUUCUUCUAUAACACUUGAAAAUCACGAUAAGUGUUUUUUAUGCCCUGUUCGUGGAAAAGAAACAAUACGCACCGUGGAUGGCAGAUAUGCACAUCGACUUUGUGCGAGCUUUAUCCCAGAAACCUUUGCUGUUACUCAAGAAGAGUUCGGUGAAGAAUUUAUAGUGGUUGAUAUGACAUAUAUACCACUUGAAAGAAAAAGUUUGAUAUGUCAUAUAUGUAAAACUUCUGAUGGUGUAUGCAUCCAAUGUCGACAAUGCACUACAGCUUUUCAUGUUUUUUGUGCAUAUGAAGCUGGGGAUAUUGAAAAGUUAACUGAAAUUUGUUUAAGUGAACAAUGUAAAGAUUGA